GCGGUUGCAAGGGGGUUCAGACCAGUACGGAGCGCCUGGAGGGACAGCCGGGGUAAAAGUUCACUGAUGGCUCAAUUGGGAGCAGUUGUCGCGGUGGUUGCCAGUUUCUUUUGUGCAUCUCUUUUCUCAGCUGUACACAAGAUAGAAGAGGGCCAUAUUGGGGUUUAUUACAGAGGUGGUGCCCUGCUGACUUCUACCAGUGGCCCUGGUUUCCAUCUCAUGCUCCCUUUCAUCACAUCAUAUAAGUCUGUGCAGACCACACUCCAGACAGAUGAGGUGAAGAAUGUACCUUGUGGGACUAGUGGUGGUGUGAUGAUCUACUUUGACAGAAUUGAGGUGGUAAACUUCCUGGUGCCAAAUGCAGUGUAUGACAUAGUGAAGAACUACACUGCCGACUAUGACAAGGCCCUCAUCUUCAAUAAGAUCCACCAUGAACUGAACCAGUUCUGCAGCGUGCAUACACUUCAAGAGGUCUACAUUGAGCUAUUUGAUCAGAUUGAUGAAAAUCUCAAACUAGCUUUGCAACAGGACCUAACCUCCAUGGCUCCUGGGCUUGUCAUCCAAGCUGUGCGGGUGACAAAGCCCAAUAUACCUGAGGCAAUCCGCAGAAACUAUGAGUUGAUGGAAAGUGAGAAGACAAAGCUUCUCAUUGCAGCCCAGAAACAGAAGGUGGUGGAGAAGGAAGCCGAGACAGAGCGGAAGAAGGCCCUCAUUGAGGCAGAAAAGGUGGCCCAAGUUGCAGAAAUCACCUAUGGGCAGAAGGUGAUGGAGAAGGAGACGGAGAAGAAGAUUUCAGAAAUUGAAGAUGCUGCAUUUCUGGCCCGAGAGAAGGCAAAGGCUGAUGCUGAGUGCUAUACUGCUAUGAAAAUAGCCGAAGCAAAUAAGCUGAAGCUGACCCCUGAAUAUCUGCAGCUGAUGAAGUACAAGGCAAUUGCUUCAAACAGCAAGAUUUACUUUGGCAAAGACAUCCCUAACAUGUUUGUAGACUCUGCAGGCAGCCUGGGCAAGCAGUUUGAGGGGCUAGCUGAUAAGCUGAGUUUUGACUUAGAAGAGGAACCCUUGGAUGCAGCCACUGAGGGGAACUGAAAAUGUUUUUAUAUAACCUCAGAUGACACUUGAAGAAACCUUCAUAUUUUAAUGAUGAACCAGAAUGCCCCCUCCUUCCCACACUACCUUCUUUGACUCUCUUCAAGGUACUGUGGUGGCAAAGAAAGAAAUGGACUUAAAUCUACUCCCCUUCCUGGUAAGGGAGAGUGGGAAAUGAUUAUUUGGGAUUUUAUUCAGGUGAAUAGGUUAUUUAACUUCUGAUAAGAUUUGUAAACCAUAGAUUUGACCUUGGAUCUCCAGACACUGAUAUUAACCCUUACUUAGGGAAGUGACUUUAAGUUAGAGUUGAGGAAAUACAGGAUGCUGCCUCCAGAUGAUUUGAUUUCCCUUAUUUGGGGAACUGUGGUCCAAUUUUUCUCACCCCUGCUUCUAAGGUGGGAGGUGUUUGUGGAUGAACCUCAGCAACUGAGCAAAUACAUGCUUGUAAGUUUGCCAGCAGAAACAGCUGCAGAGAAUAUUUGGCUUUCCUGGC